CUUAUCGUCCGCCUUCGAUGGCUGAUACAGUGAAGAAACAUUGUUAUUCUUGCUUCUAAUUCAGUCUCGUCACAUGCAUGCACCAUUGUACGAGUUUGUCUUUUCGAACCAGCCAAAUUUAAGUGGAACGCGCUUCGCAUCUAAGAGACGCGUCUCCAUAUUGAACUUCAAUUUACCAUUUUCUAGAUUCGUCCAUCCACCAACGCCUCAAUCAACGCUCAUCAAGGACAAAAACAACUCAAUUACUCAGGAUGGAUGAAGAGAUACCUACCAGCCCAUUCCCAAAUACCGAACCCGUGGCUGUCGAUAUAUCCACCUUUUUACCCCCAAGCAUUGACAAACCCCGGCUCCUGGCAGGCGAAUCCUACGCACACUUCUCGCCCGCUCCACCAGCGAUUUCGACACAGACAAUAGCCACAAAUCCAGAACAUGACUAUCUAAUUCUAGGCAUUGAUGAAGCCGGUCGCGGCCCCGUCCUUGGGCCAAUGGUUUACAGUGCCUUUUACCUUCCCAGCUCUCUGCACCACUCGCUGCUGUCGGAAGAGUACAGCUUCAACGACAGUAAAGUUCUCACUGCGGGAGUACGAGCAAAUCUCAUGCGCAUCCUUUGUACACAAGGCUCACCGCUGCACGAGUCGUGCGGAUGGGCGACAAAGCUUCUUUCCGCACGGGAUAUAUCAUCGGGCAUGAUGCGACCUGCAGCGGGAGUGUACAACCUGAAUGCGCAAGCAAUGGAUGCAACGAUUGAGCUGAUUAGGGGUGUUGUGGAAGAGAGAAAACUGAACGUGCGCGAGGUCUAUAUCGAUACGAUAGGAAAUCCAGCAAGUUACCAGAAGAAACUGGAGAUGGUGUUCCCAUCGCUGAGGAUCACCGUCGCAAAGAAGGCGGACUCGCUUUAUCCUUGCGUUAGCGCAGCAAGUGUGGUGGCGAAGGUUACAAGAGAUGUUGCGCUUGAUGUUUGUUAUGAAGUUCUCAAGGAAAAUGGAGGAGUGGGCGAUGGUUGGGGGAGCGGAUAUCCUUCUGAUUCAAAGUGCGUCGGGUGGAUGCGAACUAACAUGGAUCCUGUCUUUGGGUGGGGGAAUGAAUGCCGGUUUAGUUGGGGUACAGCGAAGGAGAUGCUCGAGGUCAAGGGUGGAGAGAAAGUCGACUGGCCUGCCGAGGAGGAUAAUACGCAGCUUAUGGGUUUCUUAUUGACGGCCGGUAGUAUGUCUAGGGGACCGGAUCAGGAACUCCGCGAGUGGUUUGGAAAGAAGACUGCAGAGGUUCUAUGA